CCGUAGAUAUUUACCAGCAGAGCCCUUGUGCGGCCAUUUUAUCAUCCAGGGGAUAGGGAAAUUAGAGUCCCCUUCCCUGGAGGCUGUGGGCUGUACGCCCUGGGGCUAGGGAAGUGGCUGAAGGAUGACUAGUUAAGUCCUAGGGAGGAGAAAAAGGCAGCAGCAGGGUUCCUUACCCCUGCAGCGGGGAUAUGUGCGGGACCCGCAGGGAGAGCCUGCGUCAGGCCCGCUCACUCCCCCGCCGAGGUGGCGGCAGGCAGCUGCCAGGCCAGGCCUGGGCUGGAACCACUGAGGGCUGCCGGUGGCGGACACAAUAAGGGAACGAGCCGACGCGCUGCUUCUUCCUCCCGCACGCGGGCCGGAACAGGCAGGCAGGGAGCGGGGCGGGGGAGCGUCGCUCGGCUGGUUGUUGCCGUGCACUGGGGAAGCCGGGGGAAGGGGCUCGGUGCUGGGUUGCUGUGCGAGAGGCAGAGCGCGCUGGCCGGGCGAAGGGCCAGGCCCCCGCCGGCGCCUGGGCGAGCAACGCGGGCAUGGAGUGAGGGGAGCAGCGACAGGAGGAAGAUGGCCGGUGGCGGCGGCUGCAGGGACAGCUUGUUUCUGGAAGCUUUGAAUAGAUCACAAUCCAGGAGAGAUGGAGGUUAUAAAAAUAAUUGGAGCUUUGAUCAUGGAGAAGAAAGUGAAGGAGAUGCAGAGAAAGAUGAGGCAAAACUGCUCCGCAUAGAUGAGAGUGAUGGGUCCUUCAGUCCUACUGAAGAAAAGAAGUCACUACGCUGUCGACCAGGAACUGUUGGCACCAGCGGCGAGUACAUAAAAACAUAUGCAAGGCGAGGCAAAACUGGAAGUUUUAGAGUUUUGAAAGGGAACUCAAUUGGACUCAACAUGCUGGGAAAUAGCAAGAAAUUGAGUGAAAAUUCCCAGAAUAUAACUUGUCCAGGAACCGUAGUGCACGGUAGACGUUUUCACCAUGCUCAUGCGCAGAUACCAAUAGUAAAAACAGCAGCCCAAAGCAAUCUGGAUCGAAAGGAAAGAAAAGAAUACCCCCCUCAUUUUCAGAAGAUAGAAAUUGACCCUGUUAGAUUAUCUCGGCCUCAUUUGGUGGAAAGUAUAAUGGAAAACACCGAAGAGUCAGGAUCAGAAUCGGAAUCUGAAAUUAAGAGGAAGGUACAACAGAAACGUCACUGCAGUUCAUGUCAAUCUGAUUUGCCUCUGUCUCCUGCUACAAAAAACUGUUUAACCCACUUAGAGGAUUUGGAACCAACUAAUUAUUCCACACUUUGCUCAGGCUGUGAAAAGACAAAUGAAAAUCAGACCAAAUGCCAAAGUUAUGGAAAUGUUUUCUGUAAGGAUUUGCAAAGACGCUCCAAACAAACUGUGUCAUUGAGUGAAUCUCUGAGACCUUUAUUGCGAUCUUCAAUACAUCAGAAUUCAACAGGGCAAAAAUCUCCAGGUACAGGAUUGAACACGCAGAAGUUCUAUGGCUCUGCUGGUGGGAAGGGUCCAGUUGAUAUCAUACUGAGUAAUGAUAUUAUAGGACAUUCUGUGUCACGACCAAAUGGAAAAGUUGGUCUCUUAACUGGGACAAAAAAUCCUAAAAGUUCAGGAAACUUAAGACAGAGGAAUACAAGACCAUCUGAACUAAAUGAUCCGAUUAUUUUGUCCAGUGACGAGGAGGAGGAUGACGACGACAGUGGCAGCACUAACAGAAUGGAAAGCACAUCGCCUCGACCCGCAGAUUCAGCCCGUUCUUCCCCAGCACCUUCCACAGGAAAGGUAGAAGCAGCAUUAAAGGAAAAUACUUCUGGAAUAGAACAGAGACUAAGUACUGUUGCAGCGGACACAGAAAUUGCCAUCACGUUACCAAGAAAAGCAAGAAUGAAAGAUCAGUUUGGCAACAUUGUAUCUAACACACCAAUAAAACGUCGUAAAGUUACUUCUCAAGAAGUAACAGAUGCUGUACCUAUAAAUUACCAAAACUCCUGGGAAAGCAUCAUUCUACACUGUCGAAGUAUACGAAUAGGAACCCUUCGAAGAAUGGUUGUGGAACCUGUGAUUUUUUGCCUUGAUUUUAUCAAGAUACGUCUUGAAGAGUCAGAAAGUGAUUCCCGAGAGAUUAAUUUAAAAACUUCUGAACUUACCAAAUGCGAGUGGUGUGGUGUCCGAAAGUUACCAGUAGUGUUUCUGCAAACAGUACCUGCUGCCUGUCUUAGCCUGAGAUCCCAACUGAAGAUGAGUAGGGAGAAGGAUAAUGUCUGGUAUGACUGUAAAGGAGUGAAUCCAGAAGAACAGUAUAUUGUUCUGAUUUUUGAGACUGGCCUUGAUGCUCAUGGAAAUACAAUAUUUGAAAAAAUUGUUGCAGAGAUUGGUAUCCGGAAUAAUAUUUCUGAUUUCUUUGUGAAAAUUCCAUUUGAAGAAGCCAAUGGUAGGCUUGUGGCCUUUACAAAAUCCUUGGAAGACAACUCCAAAGGAAGUGCUUCUUCUCUUAAAGAAAACAAAAUAAAAAAUGUUGUCUCUGAAUCCAAAAUACAGCUGAGAAAUGCACCUCCGUUUCAAUUUUUUGAUGAUGAUGAAAUUGGAGAGCCACAUACAGUCUUUAUCGGUCCUAUAGAAAAGUUGAUAGUUUAUCCACCUCCUCCUGCUAAAGGUGGUAUUUCUGUGACCAAUGAAGACCUCCAUUGCCUAAAUGAAGGAGAAUUUUUAAAUGAUGUUAUUAUUGAUUUUUAUUUGAAGUAUUUGGUCCUAGAAAAACUGAAAAAAGAAGAUGCUGACAGAAUUCAUGUGUUCAGUUCAUUUUUCUAUAAACGCCUUAAUCAAAGAGAGAGAAGAAAUCUUCAUGAAACUGCAAAUCUGUCAGUACAGCAGAAGCGACAUGGACGAGUAAAAACAUGGACACGGCAUGUUGACGUUUUUGAGAAGGAUUUUAUUUUUGUUCCCCUUAAUGAAGCUGCUCACUGGUUUUUAGCUGUCAUUUGUUUUCCUGGUUUAGAAAAACCCAGAUAUGAACCAAAUCCCCACUACCAUGAAAGUGCACCAAUGCAAAUAAAAGCAUCCUCUUCAGAGAGAGAGAACAGCACUCCAUCUCCUUUGCCAAGUGAAUUGGAUUCAUCUUCACAAAGCUCUCCUUCCAAGUCCACAGUAAAGAGAACACUGAACAAAAAACUUUCUGUAGCUUUAACUGACACAAACAGGGAAAUGGAGGACAGUGAGUCGCUAUAUUGUAGAAGAAGCCCUUGUAGGGGAAAAAGUGGAAUUAAAAAAGUAAAUCAAAUAGACAGUGAUUCAGAAGAACCUAGGACCGUGGAAUCUGCAUGUCAUAAACUUGAUCAUAGGACUGCUGACGAGAAUGGCGUACAGAGUGAAUACACAACUGCUGUACAACCUAUGGAUGGCUUGCACAAAAUCAGGCUGAACUAUAGUGAAGACUCCACUGAUGGCAGUAAAUUAAAUGAAGAUGAGCUUAUAGAUUUUUCUGAGGAUCAAGAUAACCAGGAAGACAGCAGCGAUGAUGGGGGUCUUGUAGAUGAUAACUGUAAUUCAGAGUUGGGACAGUGGCAUCUGAAGCCUAAUGUUUGCAUACAACCCUGCAUUCUGCUUAUGGACUCCCUGAGAGGCCCUUCCCGGUCAAAUGUUGUGAAAAUAUUAAGGGAAUAUUUGGAAGUAGAAUGGGAAGUCAGGAAAGGCAGUAAAAGAAGUUUCUCCAAAGAUGUCAUGAAAGGCUCUAAUCCAAAAGUGCCACAACAGAACAACUUCAGUGAUUGUGGAGUGUAUGUACUGCAAUAUGUGGAGAGCUUUUUUGAGAAUCCCAUUCUCAAUUUUGAGCUACCAAUGAACUUAACAGACUGGUUUCCACGCCCCAGAAUGAAAACUAAACGAGAAGAAAUACGAAACAUAAUUCUGAAAUUGCAGGAACAGCAGAACAAAGAAAAGAAGGGACAGAAGGACCUACAUUCACCAGAAAGAUCUCUGCAGGAAGGAACAGAACAAUUUAUCAACAGUAGCUCAGACUAAAUAUUAUGUCUGUUGCAUGUUAGCUCUGCAGUCAAAAACUGAAAUAUAUUUUCUUUGUCUGCCCAGACUAAAGAAUUGGAGUAUUCUCUGCCCAAAAGUUAUUUGGGAAUGUUAAUGCCUGUAUAAAUGUGUCAUAAAAGGAAUACAUUCCCAAAAAGAUAUGUAUUAAGUAAACAAGUUUGUACAUAUGUUAAUGAGGCCAACUUUUUCAGCAUUUGUAAUUAAUUUUUUUCACUUGUUAGGAAGCUUUUGUUAUAUAUUUCUGUUAAUAGAACUUAAAUAGCCACUUCUAAACAUAAAGCAAAUAAAGAAAAUAUUUAUAGGAUGAAAUGGUUAACUUUUUUCUUUUUCAGUAAAAUUGUCGUGUAACACAUAGGGGAUGAUCUGGUAGCAAGAUAAUUAAUUCAUAUUGUGACUUUUACUUUUGCCCUUACAAGAUUAUUCUGCUUGAUCUACAAACAAUGAGUGCGUGUCAAAGUGCACUGUGACCCCAGAGAGGGUAAUUCACAUGCUCACAUACAGUAUCCAGUGUAAGCAAUGUAAUUGUUAAAUAGGAAUGCUUCAGAUUUGGGGUCAUGAGAAGAUAUGCAUGGCUGUUUAAAAAAAGAAAAAAACAGUUGCUCUUUGACCAGAGAUUACUACUCAAGCAGUAUUAUAACAGUUUCAAAUAAAGUGAUCUUCAGUGAUACUAUUAAAUCAUAUUUUGUGAAUCCCAGAUGUUGUACAGUUGUAUUUUGAAAUUUCCCUCACUAUAAAAUUGUAUUUUGGUAAGUGUACUUGGAUAGCAGAUUGCCCACAUUACAUUUUCUAUGUUACAAUUCUGAAUGUCACAUUCAUAUGUGCUUUAUCUAAAUAAUGAACAUUUAGAAAUGUAUGAUUGCUAUUUUUUGUAAUGUCCACACCAAAAAAUACCAAAAUAUCAGUGUUCAUUGCUUGCUUAUUUGUUUGUUCUUGAUUCCAGGUAGCAUCAAACUAAGCUGUUUAAAAAUAAUUCGUUUAUUUGGAUACUUUCACAGUGUAAUCUGAUUUUAAACAAUAUAAAAACACAGCCUUAUGAAGCCAGCAUUUCUUGUAGAACAAAACGAAGCCACUACCUUGCACAGCCCUUUAAAUAUUAAAAAGGUUUUGUUAUGCAGAUGAGAGAAAAAGAACUGUUGUUGCAAGGGUCUUGAAUAAUUCAGUCCUUCCUUAACAUUAAUUAAUUUAUAUACUGGGAGGGUGAAAUUGCCCCCUCCCAUUUAAAAAAAUAAUCUGCAGGAGAGGUGGGGAAAACAAAGAUUCCCCCCCACCCCACCCUGCAGUGUUUUCUCCAAGUUCUUUGAUAGCUGAGUGUGCUUUGCUGUCCCCUUCUCCUAUUGUCAAAGAACCAGGAAAUUCAGCUCCCAAGCCCCGUGAGUCCGCUGAGAUCAGCUAGAGACACUGGACCAUCCACAUGUAAACUUGUGCUUCUACAUCAGCUUUUCACACACUAGACCCUAACAGCAUUACCAAAUAACUUGUCCUGCCAGGGAAAUCCUGCACAGAUAGUUUUCGGUGAACCCACCCUUCAAAUAGGAUUUCUCAGAAAGGUACCAUGAUUGCACAACCUCGAGAUGUUACCUUUUGCACAGCUUGAUCAUGGGAUUUGGGGGAGGUUCUGUACAUUUCCCCUCACCUCUUUUCUCCAUGCAUGAACCCUGGACCACACGGAGCCCUCAGAGGGGCCUGGGAAAAUGUGGAUGCUACUUAUAUAUGUUAGGGAAGAUGUGUACACAGAGAUUUUCCUUUGCAUAGAAGUGUGGUUUAACCUCUCUUGUGCAUAACAUUAAAUAUGUAACACACAUAA